AUGACGUUUACCCUUCUUUUUCUUACGUGCAUGUUAUAUUACUGUAACGCUGUUUGCCGCCUUGAAGAGUGUUCACAGUGGUUUCUUCGAGUUAAACACUACGAUACACUGACUCCUGGCAGUAACGAGCCCUAUUGCCAGGCAUUAUUUACGUACCUUAAAUGCCUUAACGACACAACUGUUGAGUGCCGCGGUAAUUUACAGCUCUAUACAAAUCUUUUCGCUAUGAGGAAACAGUUUCGGGAUUUCGAAUGUGCAACUUUUAAGACACCGACUGAAGCGAAUCGAUGCAACUUCCUCCCGAAAUCACCUCGAUCAAAAAUAAGAAUGUGUUCAUUAUUCGGAGAUCCACAUUUGCAACGCUUCGAUGGCAUUAUGCAGUCCUGUACAGAAGAGGGAGCUCGACCUUUAAUCGAUAAUAGACAUUUCCUUGUUCAAGUAACAAAUGCAAACAUUCGAAAUGAGCCAUACACGACAGCGGUGACCAAGAUAACACUACUUAUCCGCAGUCAUAAUUGCACCCGAUCGCUUCACUACGAAGCAGCAUCAGAAGAAGAGACUCUGCCAACUUCAUUUGUGGACGGAGCAACUAGUUAUAAGACAGAAGAUGGUCGCACUGCUGUUGAGAUCAUUGCUCGUGGUAACUACGUAGAGAUCGCAAUGCACCAUAUCCACUCCAACGUACACAUACGAAGAAGGGGACCCUAUCUCAGUGUUUCUGUUAUAGUGCCUGAAAAUUUACAGGGGACCUCCGCAUCAUCCGAAACGUUGUGCACUACGGGGUGUCGAAAUCAAUCGAUAAUUGCCAUCGAAAAAGCUCUGGUAGCUCCUAAUCGGUAUGCAAAAUGUUACGCUCGAAAGCUGCAUGUACCAAUUAAACUUGCUAUUGAUCGAUGUCGCACUGUGAAUGUGACCGAUCAGUACUUUGAUGCAUGCGUAUUUGAUCUUAUGCUUACAGGAGACGAGUACCUUGUGGCAAUGGCACGUGACGCACAAUCAGAUGUACAAUCUUUGAUGCCCCAUCUGCGUUGGAUGUUCUCUGGACGUCGUGACGUCAUUACCUACAAUGAGGAUCUCAACAACUCAUUCGCUAAUUGCAUACCGUAUUCCUCGAGCACACAGAGUUAUUCCUCCAUAUGUGUGCUCAUUGUCCUGUUCAUUCUUGCUUCCACAUCAUAG